AUGAAGAUGGUGUUAUUCUUGGAAGGUGGAAUCUCUACCCAUUGUCCAUCUUUGAAGAAUUCGAGACCAGAACAAGAAAAAGUGGAUGAUGAUUUUGGGUCAUUGCCAGAUUGGCUUAAGGAUGCGGCAUAUACCAGUGACUUGGUUCUUCCAUGGCUUCCUAUAUCCCCUGAUCGAUUAAAUUUGAGAAUGCCAUUUAGUAGUAGUGGUGGGAAUGAGGAUUUGUUGAUUGAAGUUGAAGAGGAUGAACAAGAGUUCAGAUGA